AUGGGCAACUUCAUUCGUAAGCGGAGUCUGAUCGACAUCAGGUCAUUCGGCUACUCAUCAGCGUUUACCAAGGAGCAGCUAGAGCACUACCAGGACUGUACGUUUUUCACGAAAAAAGACAUAAUGAGGUACAAGAUUUACAAACGAUUUUGUGCAUUAAAUCCGAAAAUAAUUCCGGGAAGCUGUCCAGAAGGAAAACCAACUGUAGUGAAAGUACCGUAUGAACUAAUGCACAAAAUGCCAGAGCUGAAGGAAAAUCCGCUCAAAGAUCAGAUAUGCCAGGUGUUUUCCGAAGAUGGGCAGGGUAAUUUAAGCUUCGACGACUUCCUGGACAUGUUUUCAGUGCUAAGUGAAAUGGCACCCCUUGAUCUCAAACUUAAUUACGCAUUUCGAAUUUUCGACUUCGACAAAGAUGGCCGAAUCGGGCGAAGUGAUCUAAACCAUCUGGUCCACAGUUUAACGCGCGAAGAACUAGGCGAAGAUGAAGUCGAGUUCAUCAUUGACAGGAUCAUGGAUGAAGCUGACCUUGACAUGAGCCAUUGUCUAACGUUUCCGGAAUUCGAGCAUGUCGUGUCGCGGUCUCCGGACUUUGCGCGAACUUUCCACAUCAGAAUAUGA